UCUCUAACCUUUCCUGUUAUGUUUGAAGUCAGAAUUCAAAAACUGUACAGUUGAAGCUACAGAAUGCCUGGCCUAUAACUUGGUUUACGGCAUUUAUAUUUAUGUCAUUUUUGUCUGCUUAUUAUACUAACAAGGUGGAAAAGCUCUCCUAGUCCUUCCCACAAGACACGAUGUGAAAUGGAGAAGUAUCUGACACCUCAGCUUCCUCCAGUUUCUAUAAUUCCAGAGCAUAAAAAGUAUAGACGAGACAGUGCCUCAGUCGUAGACCAGUUCUUCACUGACAGUGAAGGGUUACCUUACAGUAUCAACAUGAACGUCUUCCUCCCUGACAUCACUCACCUGAGAACUGGCCUCUACAAAUCCCAGAGACCGUGCGUAACACACAUCAAGACAGAACCUGUUACCAUUUUCAGCCACCAGAGUGAGACGACGGCCCCUCCUCCGGCCCCGACCCAGGCCCUCCCAGAGUUCACCAGUAUAUUCAGCUCCCACCAGACCGCAGCUCCUGAGGUGAACAACAUUUUCAUCAAACAAGAACUUCCUACACCAGAUCUUCAUCUUUCUGUCCCUCCCCAGCAGGGCCACUUGUACCAGCUGCUGAACACACCGGAUCUAGAUAUGCCCAGUUCUACAAACCAGACAGCAGUAAUGGACACUCUUAAUGUUUCCAUGUCGGCCGCCAUGGCCGGCCUUAACACACACACCUCUACUGUUCCGCAGACCGCGAUGAAACAGUUCCCCGGCAUGCCCCCGUGCGCAUACUCCAUGCCAAGCCAGUUCCUUCCACAGCAGGCCACUUACUUUCCCCCGUCACCACCCAGCUCAGAGCCUGGAAGCCCAGAUAGACAAGCAGAGAUGCUCCAGAAUUUGACCCCACCUCCAUCCUAUGCUGCUACGAUUGCUUCUAAACUGGCAAUUCACAAUCCAAAUUUACCCGCCACCCUGCCAGUUACCUCGCAAAGCAUCCAGCCCGUCAGAUACAACAGAAGGAGUAACCCUGAUUUGGAGAAACGGCGCAUCCACUACUGCGAUUACCCUGGCUGCACAAAAGUUUAUACAAAGUCUUCUCAUUUAAAAGCUCACCUGAGGACUCAUACUGGUGAAAAGCCGUACAAGUGCACCUGGGAGGGCUGUGACUGGAGGUUCGCGCGCUCGGAUGAGCUGACCCGCCACUACCGGAAGCACACCGGGGCCAAGCCGUUCCAGUGCGGCGUGUGCAACCGCAGCUUCUCGCGCUCCGACCACCUGGCGCUGCACAUGAAGAGGCACCAGAACUGAGCCCGCCGCGGCCCGCCGCGCCGAUGCAGUCCCCACUGACGCGCUGCAGUUUGUUUGGCAAAGUUUUAAACUAUAAACUUCACUAUAUAUAUAAAAAGAAAAAGAAAAAAAACUGGAUAUGUAUAUUUUGUAUAUUUGACGGAACAGGGAAUACAUUGUAUGAAUACCAAAGUGUUUGGUCCUUUUCAGAGUCUGGAAUGCUUGCUGUAAUGUAUACGGCUUCACUCAAGCAGCUCACCUCACAUCUCAUGACAGCCACAUCUCAGCGCGGCAGGGGGCGGGGUGCAGGGUGUUGCAGUGUUUCCACCCGGGUGCCACCAUCCACUGUGCCAGGGUUCAGCAAACACGCCGGCGGGCAGGCACAGGAAGAAGGCUGGGCUGUAUGUCGAGAUUUUACUUGACAUCCAGUAGGUUUUUUUAACUAUUAGGUAAUUCCUUAGAGGUGUGCAGCGUACCUGGCGAUUCACAGAUGGCCAUUGAACAAAUGUGGUUUUUUUGUUUGUUUUUAUAUGAGUUGCCUAUAUUUGCUAUUCAAAAUUUUGUAAAUAUGCAAAUCAGCUUUAUAGGUUUAUUACAAGUUUUCUAAGAUUCUUUUGGGGGAAAAUCGUUAAUAAUUCUGUUUGAAAAUAACCAUGGGUACAUUUACAGUUAGAAUUUGUGGUAAGAUACCUCUUUAAACCUUACUGAAUUCAUUUCGGAGGAAGAAAUAAUCAUUCAAAUGAACUUAAAGCAGAUUCCAUGCACUGAUUAAAAUAGGGUUGUUUAUUUUAAAUAUGAAAGACAUUGUAUAUGAAUUGUGAACUCAAAGAUAAGAUACACAAAAGUUAAACCUCUUACAAUAAGCUAAACAGUAUCAUUUUAGAAAAAGAAGGACUUCUGUAGCUCUCACAUGGCAUUGUUGAAUUUAUGAUGCAGUUUUCAUAUACUGAGAUGUUUGCUCAUGCAGUACUGUGGUUAAAUGCCAAUUUAUAUGGAUUUUUGCAUGUAAUAUACAGUGAGACACAGUAAUUUUACCUAAAUUACAGUGCAGUUUAGUUAAUCAUUGUUAAUACUGACUCAGUGUCUGCCUUUAAUUAUAAGUGACAUGUUGCAAACUUAAGGAAACAAGUGCUACACAUAUGCAAUAUAAUAGUAACGUGAUGCCGAUGCUGUUAACCAAAGGGCAGAAUAAAUAAGCAAAAUGCCAAAAGGGGUCUUAAUUGAAAUGAAAAUUUAAUUUUGUUUUAAAAAUAUUGUUUAUCUUUAUUUAUUUUGUGGUAAUAUAGUAAGUUUUUUUAGAAGAUUUUCAUAACUUGAUAAAUUAUAGUUUUGUUUGUUAGAAGAGUUGCUCUUAAAACAUGUAAAUAGUUGACAAAUGGUGUAAAUAUUUUGUAAGGCUUCAAAAUGUUUAUACGUGGAAACAUGCCGACAUAAAAAGCAUAAAUUGGUUGCUGUUUUGCUUCUUUUCCCCUCUUAUUUUUGUAUUGUGGUCAUUUCCUAUGCAAAUAAUGGAGCAAACAGCUGUAUAGUUGUAGAAUUUUUUGAGAGAAUGAGAUGUUUAUAUAUUAACGACAGGUUUUUUUUGGAAAAUAAAAAGUGCCUAAAAGA